CAGCAACAUUGGCCGCUGGGCAAAAGAAGGAUUUAUUUAUUUUCUUCGCAGUAAAGAGAGGCAGAGGAGAGAAAGAAAGAAAAGAAAAAAAACAAAAGCCAGUCAGGAAUUGCUCAACAAGCCGGGACCGAAAUUGCUGGACCGCAAAUCCGAUUCCUUCCCGCCUGCCAGCGUGAUCAGGCAGUCGGUGUGUCUGGGUGUGUGGGACUUUCCGUGCGGCAGUCGUGCUAUGGUUGGUGACGAGAGAUCCCACCUGGUGCCCACCUCUGCCCUCCGUCAAGUGCAUCCCGGCAAGCAGGGUUAACGAGUCCAGCGGUGUCGCAUCGCAAGAGAGAAGUGCAAAAGGCAACGCAAAACCCCGCCGUUCCAGGUCGCAAUCAAAUCAACCAACUCGCGCGAUCAAAACCAAAACAACCGAAACGCCGGACAGCAAGCCAAGCAAAUGCUGCUAACGCACGGCACCCACACACUGCACGCCGUCGCCGGCCGGACAGCACUGUCCGAGCUGGUGCUGCGUGCCGCCAGCCAUCACACCUGGUUCGGAUCGGCCCCGGGCCGGCUGGCCUGCGCGGCACCGGCUGCAUGGGGCCUUCGGGCCCGGGAGCAAACGCCCGGCAUCAGCCUCGCCUACUACUGCGGGCAGCGGCGCUACUGCUCGAACCUGAAGAAGAAGCAGCCGCGCGUGGUCGCGGUAAAAUCGGUCGAGGGCUCGGAGCUGCUGCAGAACGUGCUGCAGAAGAACAAGCAGCUGCUGCAGGAGAAGCGCGACGGGCUGGUGCGCGACAUCCGCGAGCGCAAGGACAAGGUGAAGGAGCGGGUCGAGGAGGUGAUCGAGCGGGAGAACGUGGCCACCGUGCCGAACCUGCUGUGCAUCGGGCGGAUCGUAGCGUCGCCCUACCUCGGCUACGUGAUCGUGCAGGGCGACUUCCGGCUCGCGAUGGGCAUGCUGAUCGUGGCCGGGCUGACCGACCUGGCGGACGGGCUGAUCGCGCGCCACUGGCCGAAUCAGGCCAGCCGGCUCGGCUCCUUUCUCGACCCGAUGGCGGACAAGGUGCUGGUCGGGUCGCUCGUCAUCGCAAUGAGCUACAUCGACCUGCUUCCCCUGUGGCUGACCGCUAUGAUACUCUUCCGGGACGUGUUUCUGAUCGGGGCCGGCUUCGUCAUACGCUACAUCAGUCUGCCGCAACCGCGCACGCUGUCCCGAUACUUUGACGUGACGCACGCCACCGCCCAGCUGGCGCCCACGUUCAUCAGCAAGCUGAACACUGCCGUACAGCUGGUCACGGUUGCCGCCACGCUCGGUGCCCCGAUCUUCAGCUACGUCGACCACGCGUACCUGCACGGGCUGUGGUAUCUGACCGGCUUCACGACUGUGGCCGCCGCCGCCAGCUACCUCACCAGCAAGGACACGUACAAAAUACUGCGCAAAAAGUCGUAGUGCCCGGCAGCGCCCAUUGAUGCGAUCCCUUUUUACCCCCGCCCCACCCCCUUUCCUCUUUCUUUCAUUCGCACCCCUGCCCUGUUGCGUUGACGAUUGAAUGCAAGUAGUGGAGAGGGUGGGUGGGUUUCGCUGCACGCCCACCGCGCUAGAGGCACACUGGUCGAUUGAUCCCGGCAAACAGAUGUAAAUAAAAUGAACAUAGUUCCUGAUGGUUAGACAA